UCGCGACUGCUCUUGUGCUACGAACGGUGGAGCUACCUAUCGCAGAGGCCAAACGAAUGCGAAAUCGCCUUGAUUCAGAUCAACUUUGAUCUCAUCAUUAACAAGAUUCCCUUGACCGUGUACUUUGACUCGCAAAUGCCUAUUGGACAGAAUCCUCGAUGCCAGGCUUGCGAUAGUUCCAUUUCCUCCCCAAAUAAUGUGCUUCUCACAUGCAACACGGGGACUGCUGCAUGCCGGCGAAGUUGGCAUCACCUGCCUCUACUGCGGAUCGGGUCUGGAAGUCAUCGAGAUCGCUGAUGAUGACGAGGAGGAUCAGGAUGCCAGCAUCGGAACCGUCGCUGAAACAGCGGGAAUCGUCGACUUGACACUGAGUCCUCACCUCGAAACGGUGGAUCUCUCACGCGACUCGCCUUCGCCGCCGGUUCCCCAUCCCCAACAGAGACAGAGCGAGACAGAGCCUGUGCUCAGGGUGGCCUCUGCGCCGUCUCGUGCACACACACCGUCUCAGCGGAAGCGGAGUUCCCCGGCCCCGCUUGAGGUCCUGGAGCAGAGCUCCGAAUGUACAUCUUCUCUGCGCGCCGAUCCCGAAGUCAAGCUCAACAUGUCGCCUGAGGAAGUGCAGGUCGGAUCCGACGCGCGGCGCACAAAGACGACAUCGUUGCCAAUACCCGAAGCAGACUCGGAGAUCGCGAAGGACUUGUCCGCUAUGGCCAUCGAAGAGCCUCCCGUCCUAUCUCACCCCAUCGCCGAUUCGAAUCCCCCAGUUUCUCUUCCUACAGAGCCGGCUACGAAACCUGUCAAAGGAGGAACGCUCGGCCCAGAAUGGAUCCGGGAACGACUGGAAUCGAGCGAACAUAUGCAGCUGUGGAAACGAGUCUCUGCUGCGCGCCCUCUCAGUCAGACGCGUCAACCCACGAAAACUCGGACGCCAGCGCAGGCUGAACCAGGCUUGAUCUUCUUGGUGUCGCCUUGCGCGGGAGAAUUAACCGGAUCGAUGCUCUUUGAAUCCACGCCUCGUCGUACUUGUAAAUUCUUCGAAUGA